AGAUUUGUAUAAAAAAAAAAAACCCCGUGAGAUGGCCUAUUUCUACACACCACAAACUAUAAAACCUAAUAACACACAUAAUUCGCAAUCCUCUAUAAAGCUUGACGGCUAAUUCUCACAUAGCAUUGUGAAAAAAGAGGAGGAAGGCGCAGCAUGGAAAAGAACAAACCACUGUAUCUUCCAUCUGAAUUGGUUAUUCAAAUAUUGGUAAGGUUGCCGGUGAAGUCUCUUAUAUGUUUCAAGUGCGUUUGUAAGUCAUGGUUUUCUCUUAUCUCUGAUCCCAAUUUUGCAAAUUCACAUUUUCAACUUACCGCAACACACACUCAUAGAAUUCUCUCCAUAUCACCUUUUUCUCUUAAAACUCAAUCUAUAGAUUUUGAAUCAUCGCUUAACCAUAAAUCUACUUCACGCAACCUUAAUUGGCUUCGACGGUCUAGUUAUCUUAAAAUUAAAGGUUCAUGCAGAGGCUUUCUAUUGUUAACGGCUUCUUCAAAAUUAUAUUUAUGGAAUCCAUCCACUGGAUUUCACAGACAAAUACCCGCGUCUCCUUUUUAUUCUGAUACCCUACUAUUCAAUUUCAAUCUUCUAUAUGGUUUUGGAUAUGAGCAGUCAAGAGAUGAUUACUUGCUGGUUUCACUUUCCUAUGAUGUUAAUCAUGCUUCAUCACAGUUGGAGUUUUUCUCAUUGAGAGAUAAUACAUGGAAAGAUAUUGAGGGUACUGGCUACCCUCAUUAUCUUGAUCCCAAACCAGUGUCUUUGAUUAACGGAGCUAUUCAUUGGUUGGCUUUUCGUUUUGAUUUAAUGGUGCAUGUUAUUGUUGUUUUUGAUUUAAUGGAAAGGAAACUGUUAGAGAUUCCUACUCCAGAUGGUUUUGGCCAUUAUGACCAUUAUCAUAAAUAUAUUGGUUUGUGGGUAUUUGGAGAUUUUCUCAGUCUAUGGACUAAGAAUGAUCAUAUAGUUGAAAUAUGGGUGAUGAGAGAAUAUAAAGUGCAUUCGUCUUGGACUAAGACUCUUGUUUUUCCUACUAAUGCCAUUCCUUACUUUUCCCCUAUAUACUCUACCAAAAAUGGUGAUAUUAUUGGAACAAAUGGUAAUACUGGAUUGGUGAAGUAUAAUGGUAAAGGACAAUUGUUAAGGCAAUGCUCUUACCGUGAUGAUCUAGGUGAACCCCAAGUGGUCAUGUAUACAGAGUCUCUGCUCUCACUCCCUCACUUCCUGGAAACAUUGAACAAGUUUAAGAAGACGACACAAACAAGAAGAUUGAGAUCAAAAAAGAAGUGCAAGGAUACAAUUACAAGUGGGAUUAAAAAGAAAAAGGAAACAAUGCGGUCUAAAUGGAAAAGAGGAGCAGAGAGUUAAGUUGCAAGUUGCAGACACCACCGUUUUGCUUUCUUCAUACUAAAGGAAUUGCAUACUUAAGUGAUAUAAAAAAAAGCCUAUAAAAGCAUCCAGUUAGACAACACGACCAACACUAGAAACAGAGAGAGCUUCAGAGCAAAACGCAGGGAGUGAGAGCGCGGAACAGACAGAGGAAACAAAGGUGGAUGCACACCAACUGUUCGAGAAAUCGACACUGGUGUUGUUAUUUUAUCUCUUUUCUUUUCACUUGUGUAAAGCUACCAUGGUAAUGAGUAGCUAAAGACACUUUUGUUGGGAUUAGAUGUAAAUUACUCUAUUAGUAUGUGUUUCUAUCGAUCAUGGUUUUAUAUAUGGUUUUAGUUAUCUCUCAAUAUUGAUGUUAUCUUUGUUUUCAUUGUUUUAAUCUUUGAUUUGAAUUGUUAUAGACAUAUACCUUUUGAAUCUAAGAACUAGGAUAAUAUCUAUUGAAGUCUAAAUUCUAGACAUAGAUUUAGGUUUAAUAUUCACUUAGAGUAUCGAAUCUUAAUGCUAUUGUAUUGAUUGACGAUCCGAGACAUCGGAGGUUAAUAGAUGCAAUAGAUAUCUCAGCGUUAUCUGAAUACGGAAACGUUCGACGAGCGAUACGUGAUAAUAUUGGUAGAUGACUAGAACCUGUGUAACUGAUUAGGGGAAUAUGUAUGAAUGAGUGAUUGAAAUAUAAUCCCAACAAUU